GGUGCGAGCGUCCCGGGCCCGCGCCCCGCCGCCGGCCGGCCGGUCAUGCUCAUCACGCUGUGCUACCUGUACUUGUGGGCGCGCUGGGGGCGCCGGCCGGCCGCGCUCGUGCGCGCCACGGUGCAGCGGCUGCGCGCCUCGCGCUGCUCCUUCACCUUCUGCGGCGCGGCCGUGCAGCCCAGCGGCGCCCGCGUGUGCCUGAGCCGCGGCGGCCGCGUCUUCUGCGUCGGCGAGAGCGAGUCCGUUGAUGACUUGAGCAAAUGGGCCCUAUUUCUUGUUUCUCCUUUUAUACUCGAAGCAGAACACAUAGCGUUUGUGACUGAGAGCAUUUGGGUGCAAGGCGAGAAUUUACAGAGACCAUCUUCCUCUUCAGAAGCUAUCGUGAAGUGGUCGGACUGCUGUUUGCCAUUAGCUUGCAGACCUGGAGACCCUUACCAAUUAAUCGCUGAAGCAAGCGUGGACAACUUCAGCAAGCUGGGGGUGGCGUUCAUGGAAGAUAGACUCCAGAUGGCUGAUGGACUGGUACCCCAAAAGAUUGUUUCAGUGCACUUGCAGGAGGUCACUUUGAAGGCACUUAAGGGUCAGGCCUCCAACAAGCAGGCCCAGAUCCUACAGCGGAAUCCUGAACCUUCCAUUGAGAGCAAGCCCGAGCCGGACGUUAUGGAGCACGCUGGUGGACAUGACCUCAAGGCUCUUGGCACACGACCCACGCAGGGGAAGGAUGGUACCUCGGGCAGUGAGCCUGCUGGAGAGGAUGACAGAGGAGUGGACUCCGUCGAGCACUGUCACCUCCACCUGUCUAGUUGCCAUGAGUGUCUGGAGCUUGAGAACAGCACCAUUGAAUCUGUCAAGUUUGCAUCUGCAGAGAAAAUUCCAGAUCUUCCGUGUGACCCCAGUGGCAGGCUGGAGGACAUUGCUGAUGACCCCCACCUGGAGAGAGAAGGGGGGAGAGCCAACAUCACGGGAAAGGCCCCCAACAUCCUUUUCUACGUGGGCUCUGCCUCCCAGGAGUCCCUGGGCCGGUUCCGGGAGGUGCGGUCCGUUCUGGCUGACUGUGUGGACACGGAGAGCUACACGCUGUACCACCUGUCAAGGGAAAGUGCCCUCCGAGACCCGUGGUCAGACAACUGUCUGUUGUUGGUCAUUGCCACCAGGGAGGCGAUUCCUGAAGACCUUUCCAAGAAGUUCAUGGCCUACCUUUCUCAGGGAGGGAAAGUGUUGGGGCUGUGUUCGCCCUUCACGCUUGCCGGCUUCCCAGUGGCCAGUAAGGGCGCGCUGCGGGACACAGUCCAGAACUUGGUUUUCUCCAAGGCUGACCAGACCCACGUGAAGCUCAGCGUCCUGAGCAGUGGCUACGUGUAUGAGGAGGGCCCUGGGGGAGCGCUCAGCCUGGGCAAGCUCCAGGGCCACCUGGAGAAUGAGGACAAGGACAGGCUGAUAGUGCAAGUGCCUUUUGGACCAUGCGGAGGAGAAGCUGUUCUUUGCCAGGCGCACUUAGAACUGCCUCCCAGUUCUUUGGUGGUGCAAGUCCAGGAAGACUUCAAUCUGCUCAAGUCAAGCAAUACGAGAAGAUACGAAGUCCUUAGGGAGAUCCUGACAGCGCUGGGCCUGAACUGUGACCUAAAACAGGCUCCUGCCCUAACGCCUCUUUACUUGCUGUCUGCCGCUGAGGAAAUCUGGGACCCUCUUAUGCAGUGGCUGGGGAAACAUGUGGAUCCUGAAGGAGUAAUCAAGUCCAGCAAGCUCUCCCUUAAGUUUCUUUCCUCCUACACGUCUGACAUAGAAAUCACCCCAUCUUCUCUACCUGUGGUGACUGACGUGGAGUCCUUCUUAUCAGAGCAUUUUAACUUAGAGAUCUACCGACAAAAUCUGCAGACACAGCGACUUGGAAAAGUAGUCCUGUUUGCCGAAGUGACGCCCACCACGAUGAAUCUUCUGGAUGGGUUGAUGUUUGAGAUCCCGCAGGAAAUGGGGUUAAUAGCCAUCGCAGUCCGCCAAACACAGGGCAAAGGGCGGGGAUCGAAUGCUUGGCUGAGCCCCGUGGGAUGCGCCGUGUUCACCCUGCUCGUCUCCAUCCCGCUGAGGUCCCAGCUGGGACAGAGGAUCCCGUUUGUCCAGCAUCUGAUGUCCCUGGCUGUCGUGGAGGCGGUAAGGUCCAUUCCUGAGUACCAGGAUAUCGACUUACGAGUGAAAUGGCCCAACGAUAUUUAUUAUAGUGACCUCAUGAAGCUUGGCGGAGUUCUGGUGAACUCAACACUUUUGGGAGAAACGUUUUAUAUACUUAUUGGCUGUGGAUUUAACGUGAGUAACAGUAACCCCACCAUAUGCAUCAAUGAUCUGGUCACGGAAUACAAUAAGCGACACAGGGCAGAGCUGAAGCCCUUCAGGACUGAUGAGCUCAUCGCCAGAACUGUGACGGCGCUGGAGAAACUGAUCGGCACAUUUCAGGACAAAGGGCCCAACGGCGUUCUUCCCCUUUAUUAUAAGUAUUGGGUACACAGUGGCCAGAGGGUCCGCCUAGGAGGCCUCGAGGGCCCGGAGGUGUGGAUAGUCGGCCUGGACAAUUCUGGGUUCCUUCAGGUUCACCAGGAGGGCGGCGAGGUCAUGACGGUGCACCCAGACGGCAACUCCUUCGACAUGCUGAGAAACCUCAUCAUCCCCAAACAGCAGUAGCCCCGGCCUGGGGCCGCCGUCCUGGCCUCUGGGCAGCGGGAGGGCGGGCGGAGCCACUGCGGGGAACAUUCCGGUUCAAUUUCUGCUGCCUUUCCUAGCCCGAGGAACUGGAAAACGGAUUUAGACUUGUAGGUGGAUUUUAUUUUUCCUCCCUCCAGUUAAUCUCCUGAAUUCCUUAAUUUUGUUCUGUCUGCUGCCGAUUGACUUGGUGUCAGAAGAUGUUCUGCGGGUAGCGGAACAUUUAAUUCAGAUAAAGCAGUACCAUAGGUGUGAAAUCCUUCUCCCCUCUCCGGCUUGGAUGUGUGUUUAUUGGCCCAGAAAGAAAAAAGUUUUUAUUUGGAAACAGCAACGGAAUAAUUCAGAUGUUUCCCCAGUAGCGGAGACCUUCACUCCCAGACUAUUAAAAAAUAAAUCAAAAGAAGCUUCCAGGCCCAGGCCAGCGAUGAGGUAGAGGUUUGGUAACACUGUUUAUGAGCAUCCCGGGAGGUGUUUUCCUAGAGGAACAUACUUUGGCAGUUCGUUGUCAUUUUAUUUUUUUUGUCCAUAAGGAAAAAGAAAGUCGAUUUCUGAGGGAUCCUCUGGGCCCAGUGGUUUGCGGUCCAAACCCAGUACCUAAGGGGCUGCGGAGAUGGGUGUCACUGGGGUGGCUGCAGUGACCUUGGCGAGGAAAGCACUUACCUGCUUGGACGUUCGUGUCUGAGCGCUCUUCUCAUAAGUUUGAAUUUACUGCCUAUCCCAAAACGAUGGGAUCAAGUUCAAGAGCCUUAAAGUGUUGAUUAAGCCUCGUAUGGAUGAAGAGGGGGGAUGACUGGGCCCCAGCAGCUGGAGACGAAGGCUCCCUUCAUACCACACACAAGGGAAGCUUUGGGGCUUUUAAGCUGGUUGCAGGUUCCCUUUGAAAUGUGGCGCAUUCCUGAGAGACAGUUUGUGCAGAGGAUAGAGGUACAUGGCAUUUUAUUUGUAAGUCGUAAUUGUUUGCCCCUCUUCUUCUAAAUUGCCAAGAAAGAAAAUACAACUGAUACUCAACGCCAUCAUUUAAGAGGGAGGAUGUGUGUGCGCGCGCGUGUGUGUGUUUAAGCUUUAAAAGAAGCUGUUCAGGAUCUGAUGCCCUAAAAGUCUCCGUGGAAGAACAAAAGAAAGGAAGCCUUUUGAUAUACAUUUGUGAUUUCCAGAUGUAGUCCAUGCUUUUUCCAUGUAACUCCUAUCUCUGUUGAACUUGUGGAUCAUACACAUUACUUUUGAGCCUUAAAAGGCCAGUUUUUGUCCACUUUUCUCUCUUCCUGCCUGCCCCAAUUGAAAUUAGUGGAAAGAAAACUUGAUGGAGCUCUCAGCUUUGAACAGAAUCCCCUUAUUAUACACUAGCCCUAUCUUUAUCCAGCUUUACCCAGUCAGGCUAAUUCCAAAAGCUUGCGGUUUUCAGUAUAAAAUCUGUCCACCUUUAGCCAGGCACAGCCAGCACCAUAGGAAGGGGGGGAGGGGGGAAAUAGCAUGUUUAGUUAAGUACACCAACCCAAUAUGUGUUUCUUGGAAAUGUAACUUUUAAAAAAACUUCAGAAGUAAUUUUUGCAAAUAAGGCUUCAAUUAGAAUUUUUUUUCUCAAAAAAAAAAAAAAAAAAAAACAGCUUCUGUCCUUAAGUGUGUAAGUCUUUUGGAAUUAGUGACAAGUUUAAAUAAAAGUCCACACCACCCCAAAAUUACCAAAUGGACUCACCCAUGAGAAGGCAUCUGCAAAACAUCAUCAAGAGGAGAGAUCUCCGGACUAAUACUGCGAGUUUCAUUUCUCAAACUUUGUAAUACAAGGCAAGUCAUCUCUCAGAGCUGCCAUUGUUGCUGUUUGAAUUUCUUUGGGGGGGUUCUUUAAUGAGAAACAUGCUAUGUUUUGUUUUAAGCCGAAGUCCUAUUCUAGAUAGUUCUUCUUUGGGGAAAAAAAUGUUAUCAUUUCAUUUCCUUUCUGUAAAUUAAAACUAAUGAAGUGUGGCCAUGUCAGCGCAGAUGGAGAUGUUCCGGGCAUGGACUCCUUUGCCUCUGUGCUUUUAAGACUGUUCUUUAUCGUGUUGUCACCCAGUCGUCUUGAGGGACACGAAGUAGACUUGAAGCAGAUGCUACGUUUUUCAUAGACCUGACUUUGCCUCAGAUGAACCAAAGACUUUUGAAAUUCUGCUUCAUAUAGAAGAGCUGAAUAAAAGCAUUUUGUAGCCAUUAGGGUUAGGGAAAUUACUUUCUACACGACCCCCAUGGAUUUCGGGUGCAACCGGCAGUCUCUGAUCUCAAGAAGCUUUAAAGUCUUAGCGGAAACUUGGAAUAUUCUUUAUAAUCUUGAAAACAUGGCAACUGAACUCAAGACUGGCGAGUGCUUUCCAAGGCAUUUGAUUGGCCCGCGUGUGUAAAGGCUGUGCAUUGAUUUGCUCCCUGCGUGUAGAGGCUGCACAAUGAUUGGCCUGCGCGUUGAGCAUCUUACCGAUUGGCCCCCCAGUGUAGAGGCUGUGCAUUGUGUAAAAGGCAAGGCCCCCGAAUGUGCUCAAAGUUUUGCCUAGGACACGUGGCCCCCGCCAAAGCAGCACCCCUGGAUGCUGGGCCUCCUGGCAGCGUCGGGGAGUGGGGGUGGGGGGGGGGGGAGGUGUGUGCAAAAAGUCCAAGGAUUCGUGUCUGGUCUCAAACACUCCUCUUUGCUACCACAGACUUUGCGUGAUGUGACAAUGAGUGGGCCCAUGAGGGGUGGGUGAUGGAGGGCUACACGGGCCCAGGUCGGGGUACCAUGCAGCCUCCAAUCCCCGGCUGCCCCACGUACAAGCACGGGGCCAGCCCCUGUGGUUGCUCCUGCCCUUGAGCUUGGGAAGUGGGAGAAAAGCCCGCCUCACCCAGCAGUUUCAGGAUGUAGCAGGGAGGCAUUUUCGGCUUGCCUUCUAGAAGCUCUGUCUGCUCUUACCCGGCAGAAAACGGAGACUCCUUAUUCCUGCGUAAUUACUAUGCACAUUUAAAUUUUUUUAAAGCGUAAAUCUUCCCAUUUUUAUCUUUUCAAAGUAUCGUCUCUGAAAAGUAAUUACUUUAAACCAGUGCCUAUAAAACUCAAGUCUUAACCAAAAUAAACUUUCAGAUUUUCUGUACAGUUUGGGCUCAUUGUUAUUUUUACCACGUGUCAUUUUUAAAAAUAGGCAACUACUCUUGGUUACAGUAUUUUUAUUCAUAUUUAAACAUUUUUACAAAAUAAAUAAUUUUACAUGGUAAGGAGUAUGUAUGUACUUCUAAGUUAUUAAGAAGCCGGGUGCUUUUUGUUGUUUUUUAUUUAUUUUUGACAAAUGUGUUAUGUGUCAUACAAAAGAGAAAUCUUCCUACUCCAAAGAAUGAAACCCAAAGUAAAACAAAAACAAAACAAAAACAAGAAAGCUCUUAACUGAGGUGAGAAGUAAAUUUAAUAUAAAAUUUUAAAUUGAAAAUUUAACAACAAGUUUACUAGAAGAACAAAUUUUGUUCUUGGAGAAUUGUUCCUGUGUAAGAACUGCUUGACUUUUGAGGUUUUUUUCCCCAAGAUUUUAACUUUAUAUGUCAUACUUAAGUUUAGGAACAGCUUGAAUAAAUGCAUCUUCGAUAACCCAAGGGCUGUGAUGCACUACGAUUUUAAACUACUAUAAUUUCCUGGCAUUUAUUUGAAAACGUUCUUUGUAUGUCAUUUUAUCGGAGCACCCCCCACAGUCUACCUUAACUGUCUUACAGUUACAAUAAAUUACAACUUCGGGUAGACUUUGUACAGGAUUCAUUGACCACGUAAACUUCUCCCACCCUUAGGGUCCAAGUGGAACGCCUUGGUUGGCCCUAGGACUUAAGAAGGACAAAAAGGUGUGGGACCAGGGAGUGGAAAAUACCGGAUUUUUGGAGCAGCCCUUCUUCACACCCUGUUCCCUUCUCUACAAAGGUAUGAAUGGAAUGGCUUUUCUAGAAAGGGCUUCCAUGAACAUAAAGGAAUUCCUUUCCCUGGGAGGCCCCUUGGAGGGCCGAGCCAGUCUUAAACUGGGUUUCUUUCUCAAAUCCGUUUGAUCUGGCAUUUUUCGUCAACGUGUUAGGACCCACCACAAUUUUUUUUUCUUUUUUUGUGAAAGUCAUAUUUAU